AUGCACACAUCAAUGCUGUGUGAACGAUGGCAUCGCCGAUUGAAAAGAGAAUUGGCCUCAAAAACAAAGAUCCGAUUGGACCACUUGGCUGAUGCUUUGACUACUGCUGUGAAAGAGUCCUACGAAGAGAAUUCUGUUACGGAGGCACGCAACCUGGUUGAAGGAGGUUGCCGACUGCAAUGCCAACACGUCAACCACAUGAAAGCUGUAAAUGCUUAUUCACACAUGCAGUCCGCAAUCAGCAGAGUAGUGGAGGCAGGACGGUGGGAUAUACGAGCCAUAAAACUGGGAGAACACCAAGAGCGUACACACACUGGAUGGACAAGGUUGUCAUCCGUGUGUUUCCAUCCAGAACUGUCACUUAUCAUUACGGAUCUGCCCCAUUCGAGAAGCAAUUUCUUCAAACGAACGAGACAAGAACAAGCUUUCUCAGCUCGCUCAGAAAAACGAAGAAUGAUCAAAGGCAAGCUGCGUUACAAAUCAAUUCUCCAGGGAGAGCCAAACAAUGACAUUAUGGAACGCAUCACACCACCUACGGUCAAACUGGUAAAUAAAGAAGGCAAAACAUACACCAUUCUCGAGUUUCUCAUUCCAAUCGCCGAGUAUGGAUUUCUUUAG